CACUACAGACUAGAAAAGUCUAGUGUACCUAAAAGAGAAAAAAAGAAGAGGAAUAUAGGAGAGGGAAAAAGAAGAAGAGUAGUAAGAAGAGAAGAUGGUGUUGAUUGAUAAACUUUGGGAUGAUGUUAUGGCUGGUCCCAGCCCUGAUAAAGGCCUAGGCAAACUCCGAAAGAGCCUCACUGUUCAAACUGGUGGGGAAUCAGGAGAAGGAUCUAGCAAGUACCAGAGGUCUCUCUCCAUGCCUGCCAGUCCUGCGACUCCUAGUACGCCGGUGACGCCAGCAAAUACGUCCCCAACGGUACCUAAAGACAAUGUAUGGAGGAGUGUUUUUAACCCAGGAAGCAAUCUUGCCUCCAGGAAAAUGGGUGCUGGAGUCUUUGACAAACCCGCUCACCCUAACUCUCCCUCUGUUUAUGACUGGCUGUACAGUGGGAACACCAGAUCUAAGCAUCACGAGAAGUGCUGAGAGCUUUUGGGUGGCAGAAGCAGUUGAAACCUGCAUCUGCAUGUAUAUAGUGUUUUUUCUCUACGAGGUUGCUUUGCUGAUGAAAGCACGGAUUACUGGAAGCUUAUCUUUAUUUGUCUUUAUGGUUUUCUGUUGGGAAUUAUGUAUUAAAGUACUCCAAUAGCAUGUUGUAAUUAGGUUUUCCAAGAUGACUUAUAAGCUUUAAUGGCCAUUAGUGGCUUUCCAGCUCCAAACGAAGUUGCUACUAUUACUGUACUGUUGCUGGUAGACCAGUUGGUCUAUGUUUGUUUACUAUUCCUAAUAUUAAAUAUCUGAAAUAAAUAUUGUGACGUUUUUGUUUUGUUGCCA